CCUCCCCUUUCCCAAACAAGCAGUCAGUCUGUCAAUGUGCUCCGAGCGUUAGGCGAGUCAAACGAGUGGGAUUUUGAACUAGUGAGACGGGGGACAUAUCGAAUGGAAACCAUUGAAAGCUAUCCAGAUUCCAAAUGACUCGCCACAUCAGACAGGCGAGUCUAUAACAUGCGAAGAUGAGUUUAAAUUCGAUUUAUUAUUCAAAGUUGUAUUCUGCUCUUGUUCGUCUGGUGAGGGCUGAAGUUGAAUAGGCUGGAGAUCUUCUAGCCUUCAGCUCUCUUUCUAGUCCAGUGUUUUGAUGUGAUAAAUUGAUUGCUGGAACUGUCAACACCACCUGAGUUCGUUUGUUUGAAUCGCCAGUCUCAUUUACAAAUCGUUUGGGAAAGGAUAUAGAUUUACUCACUGGAAAGAGAAGAGAAAGGACGCGCAGUGUGGAUCAAACCGUGCGAUGACAAAUCCACCGACCAGCGAGCAUCAACACGUCCUUCUGAUGGAGCUACUGUUCUAAAACCGGGGGGAAAAGACUCUUCUAUUUUUAAACACAGCAUUUGCGCUCAUGUCUCGAAUCUUUUGAAACGACAAUUUAUUUAUCGGAGUAAAAACUCAAAAGAAAAUAAGAAGUAGAAAGGAAUGGGAGAGAAACCGAAGAGAAUCGGCGCAGAGAACAAGGGGACAUUGUUUGGAAAACACAAUUAUAGGAAACACCAACACGCAACAGAAAAUAGCUCUCCUCGAGCGCCUAUCAAAUUCGGAUAGAGAUCGAUUCAACGGGAGUUAUUUUUUUGUGGAAGAAGGGGAGUGGCGCUCAAGCCAUUGAACACAGCUAGAGCAACUUUCUCUGCCGUAGUUGUCAAUUACUACAUUGUGUGCUUUAUUAUUCGUUUUAUAUCCAUGCGGUUGCCCAAGGCACGAUAUUUCCUCCUCACGCAUUGAGUGACUCACCUAUAGCUUACACGGCCAUAGCCUUUGUUUGAACAGCACCCCAUCUAUAUCCUCAUAGAAAAUAUACCAUUUAUUUUUAAAUGGGGUUCAAUCACAGGGGUUGUGGAGUUGCAAUGGCGUGUCGGAGAAGUGGGAGUAAACUGGGAUUUGUGCUGAUAUUCUUACUGGAUUUACUGGGAACGGCGGUGAGCAACAUGGAGCCUAUCUACUGGAAUUCAUUGAACAAAAGGUUUUUGGACGAUAAAGGCUACGUCCUCUACCCUCAGAUUGGGGAUCGUCUGGAUCUCAUCUGUCCGUCGUCGGACCCCCCCAGCCAGCGGGCCCCCGCCGAGUACGAGUUCUACAAGCUGUACCUGGUGUCGUCACGUGAGCAGGCGGACAGGUGUGAGGUGACGGGCGCGCCCAACCUGCUGCUCACCUGUGACAAGCCCAACAAUGACAUGAGGUUCACCAUCAAGUUCCAGGAGUACUCUCCUAACCUGUGGGGGCACGAGUUCAAGACCAACGCUGACUACUACAUCAUCGCCACGUCAGAUGGGACGCGCCAGGGCCUGGAGAGUAUGAGGGGAGGAGUGUGUGCCACGCAGGGCAUGAAGGUGAUCCUCAAAGUGGGACAGAACCCAUAUGGACUGCCCCCGAAACCUGCCAAACCAGACCAAAGUGCGGGCCGUACCAACACCAGAAAUGCAGGUGGUGCUGGUAACGCCACCCAUCCCAGAGUUCCUAGCGAUGGCGCCGGGGAUUCGGGAGGCGCGGGGGGCGAGAACGGACCCCUCCCCCCCUCCAACGUGGCCGUCAUCGCCGGCGCUGCAGGGGGCUCCGCCUUCCUCCUCCUGGUCACCGCGGUGAUCUGCGUGGUGUGUUACCGGCGGCGACACGCCAAGCACUCGGAGUCCCACCACCCGCCCCUGUCACUCUCCUCCCUCACCAGCCCCAAGAGGCAUGGCGGUGGGCACGGCGGCGGCCAUGGGGGCGGUAACAACAACGGCUCGGAACCCAGUGACAUCAUCAUCCCGCUGCGGGCUUCGGACUCGGCGUACUGCCCUCACUACGAGAAGGUGAGCGGGGACUACGGUCACCCCGUCUACAUCGUCCAGGAGAUGCCCCCCCAGAGUCCAGCAAACAUCUACUACAAAGUAUGAGGGCAGUUGCCAUGACAACCUACAGUACUACCAACUACCAUCUUACCCUGUCCUGUACAGUACAGUACCACCUACAGCCCACCUAUGUACAGUACAGUACCACCUACAGCCCACCUAUAGUACAGUACCAUGUAAAACCUACCUACAGUAAUCCAUCACUGACCUACCCUCCAAAACCACCAAGACCUUCAGUCCCUUAUACAGUAUCUGAACUUCCCUAUCCAACCCCAGUCCAGCCACAGGUGUGUGCAUCUAGCUGACCUAAGAGGCCAUCCGUACGCCCACCACUCUUCACUCGACUCACUAAGCUAAGUAUGGAGGGUUUAGUAUAUAGUCCCCACCGGCCCCUUAAAAGAGGACAGGACUGGCAAGAGACUCUGGGGCCCACUUUUCUUUUUUUUGUCUCACCAUGAAUCACCCCCCCCCCACCAGAGCUGAAGAGAAGAGUCCCCUCCCUGUACACCAUGAGGAUAAGUGUGUGAGAACAUGCACACCAGGCUAGUGUGAGAGAACACACACUAGUACCGCCACCACUUGGACUUCUGGGACUUUGACCCCUAGAAAACCCACUGACCAACCACAUCCUGAGAUCUCUGUAUUUCUCUAAUGCUCCUGUCCUGUAUCAGACCUAUCUGCCUCCUGAUUGGACCCUGAGGCUAACUGUGGCCCUUGAUGUUAUAACUCACAAAUAGGAUCCUAGUUUGUUUGUGUGUGUAUGGUUUCUCAUUGGACCAGGGGCCUCUGACUCUCUCACCCAAUCAGAAAGCUGAGCUGGGGUCACGUGAUCAACCGGUCAGACCAAUCGAGUCUUAGUGACAUUCAGAAUCUUGUAUAUUUUAAUAACGUGUGUGUGUGUGCGUGCGUGUGUGGGAGACUAGGAUAAUAAUUCUGACACUGCUGUUGCACAGAAGUGUGUGUGCAGUUAGUGUGCUUUAGUACAGUGUGUGUGUGUGUGUGUUAAUCUGUGUAUACGCUACAUGCGAGUGAAUGUGUGUGUUCGCGUGUCUUUAGACUUGUCUUAAAAACCAAAACACAAAAAAAGUGAGUGAAUAUAAAAGAAGGUGAGUUUUUUUUUUUAUCGCUAGCAACACUUACAGAUUAUAUAUGAAUAUCCAGUCAAUCAUUUCUAGGCGUCUUGUUUUUUUUAAUAAGUUUUUUAUUUGGAUUCCUCCACUUGUAAAACAACACUUCUGUUCUACUGCUGGAUCUUUUUUAUCCUGUGCUUUCUUGUUUGCUAUUUAGAAACCUGGCCCUGUUUCCUUCCCUUUGAGUUGUAAAUGAAUUUAAUCUCUUUGUUUUUCUUUCCUUGGCGAACUGAGGUCGUUUCUCUCUCUCUCCCUCUCUCUCUCUCUCUCUCUCUCUCAUCGCCUCCCUCCCCCCCUCUGGGCCUCCCCCUAUGUAUAUUUUUAUACUUCUUGUACUAUGCUGUAGUUUUGAAGUUUAGACCUCGUUUGUGGAAGUUGUUGAGGUAGAAACCAUCUAUGAAAGUUUUUUUUCAAACGCUUUUGAGCACAAGGAAAAGCAAGGGGGGAAAUGAACGAGGGCGGGUUCCAAAUGAAAUGAAAUAGAAUGAAAAGAAAGAGCGGGAACCGGAGUCGCUGUCUAGGGGGAAAAGAGAAAGAGCGACUGGAUGUGGUACUUUUGUGUUUUUUUUUUAAAGAGAGAAAAGACUGAAGAAGGAAUUGCACACUAAAGAAAAGAAAGAGCGCGAGAAGAGAUGGAAGAAGUCGGGGGGGAUGGGAGGUGAAUUGAGCGAUGAGAGAGAGAAGAAUCCCUGGGAAGGAUAGAGAGAGUGAAACAUUGACUGUGGCGGAAGAGAGGAGCCUUUCCUUUAAUGGAGUGCUGAGAAGGAGUGAUGGACCCUGGGAGGACGGAGGAAAGGAGCAGACACACAGCUGAAAUGGAUUUCAGGGGGGAACCUCACUGUGGAAUAAGGAGGAGAGAUUUCAUCUAAAACACACACACACACACACACACACACACACACACACACACACACACACACACACACACACACACACACACACACACACACACACACACACACACACACACACACACACACACACACACACACACACACACACACACACACACACACACACACACACACACACACACACACACACACACACACAUUGACAGAUAGACACACAUUCAAGAGAACAGACACAGACAAUUCUCUUUUCUCCGAAGGGAAAUGGCACGUUUCAAAUUCUCCCGAUUUCCCCCUUAAACAGCUUUAUGUAUCAGACACACUCUACACUGAUUAUAUCGACACAGACACACUGAGCCCUCUCACAUUCUCUUUCACUGUCAUAACACACACAUACAUGCCGUACAUGUAUACACCAAUUUCACACACACUCUCUCUCUGUCUGGCUCUCUCUGCAUCCCUCUCUCUGCCACACACACAGACACUGAUUGCUCCCAUGCGGCUCCCUAUUUCUGACACAGUCCUGGCUUUGAUACACACCUCUGUGUGUGACAGAAGGAUUAAAAGAGGGUGUGCGCGCCCUGUUUUUGUGCGUGUGUGUACGUGUUUAGCGAUACUCGUGGGGACCAAAGUUCCCACAAGAAUAGGAAACAAGCAAACAUUUGACCGACUGGGGACAUUUUGUUAGUCCCCAGGUUAGGGAAAAUAAGGUUUUUGAAUGGGACUGAAUUGUGUAUUCCCACAAGGUUAGUUAUACGAGACUGUGUUUGCAUGGGUGUUUUUCUGAAACCAGUUCCUGCCAUUCUCUUAGCCUGGUUAAUUAGUUUUCACACCCUCUUUCGAAGGCAAAGCUUUCUUCAAACGUGCCGUGUGUUAAGUUGUGCUGUAUCGGCGAGCUGCUCCUUAGUAUUGUUGAGUGUUAGACCCAGGACGCGUUCAAAACAGGCACAACGGCCUGCAAAUGCACACAUACGCUAAAAAAUAGCAGACAAUAGGUGCCGUGCCACACAUUGAAAUAUCCCUCGUGCUCAACAGGUGGAUGUUUGUUCCCAGAGCUUCACCCCACGCGUCUUUUUAUUCAUAUGCCCACCUGCUCAAAAAGCUUUAUUUGAAAUAUCGCUUUCAUCUCUUUGUUUUUUACUACGACACCUACUCUCUAUUCCACACCAUUUGUACGCUGUGUAAUCUGUUCCCAUUAUGCUUUUUGAACUUAGAAAGUGUUACGGAGAAUUUGACUAAUUAGGGUAAAUGUUUCACCCCAAUUUCUGUACCGCAGCAUCAGGAUCUUGGUAUUUAUGUACGUGGGAAUCUGUCUUGUCUCCUGUACAAAUACACGACCACCAGGAAUCCUGUAUCCCUUCAGAAACACGCUCAAAGCCAAACUACAAACGCUCUCUGAGUUCUGAAAUCCUCUGACACUCUAAAUGACAGUAUUUGACAAAGGUGGCUGCUGCCAUGGACAUAAACACUUGGAUAAACUUCCUGGACUUUGUGGAGUUGUGGAAUCCAAGUGUGGAAUCCCAAUGCUGCUCAUUCGCAAAAUGGUUCCUUCUCUCUCUCCUCUCCCUCUUCAUCCUGCUCUCCUCUUUUUUUUCACCGAGGAGAAUCUCCCUCCGGGACUCAAAGCUUGGGCUUUUUUGUUGUCAUGUCAGUCGGUGUUUUACUAAAAGGUUGUCUCUCUCUUUCACUGUUUGCUUUUGACUGUUUUCAAUGUGUUGGAUUUUUUCUCAUGGAUGCUUCUCAUGGAUCCUCAUUUCAAAAAGAGAGGUUUCUUGUUUUGUGAAAACGCACCCCCUCCCACCCCACCCCUCUGUUGGUGUGUGUGUGUGUGUGUGUGUGUGUGUGUGUGUGUGUGUGUGUGUGUGUGUGUGUGUGUGUGUGUGUGUGUGUGUGUGUGUGUGUGUGUGUGCGUGUGUGUGCGUGUGCGUGUGCGUGUGCGUGUGGUUCCUUGUCCCAAUAGCCAGCAGGUCGAGGCGACAGAGAGCCGGCUGGCUCUUGAAUGUGAUGUCUUGAGGCUUUUUGUAUUGGGACACCACUGUGUGAGAUGGGUUUGUGUCCACCUUCACUUUUCUGCUCCCCCCAUCCCUCCCGUCACUAUGACCUCCUCCUCCUCUCUUUCUCUCCUCCAACACACCUCUAAAGGGAGGAAAAAACUAGUACAUUCCUGCUUUGGAAAAAUGUUGAUUAAAAAAAUGUUUA